UUAGUAGCAUUGGCCCGUCCCCUUACUUGGUCACGUUCCACUUCCGUUUAAGGAUUAUCUAUGCGUCAGAUGCUGACUGAGAUAAGUGUCUUGGACGACCCGGAAGUGCUUGAGGCACGCGAUUAAGGCGGAGAAAAUGGCGGUGGCUGUGCGAACCUUGCAAGAGGAAUUGGAAAAAGCAAAGGAGAGCCUGAAAAAUGUCGACGAAAACAUACGGAAAUUAACCGGCCGGGAUCCUAAUGAGACCAGGCCUGCACAAGCAAGGCGACUGUCCCUCACAGGUCCUAAUGUGGUUGGAGGUAGAGGCCGUGGCGGGAUAUUACUAAGGCGUGGACUCUCUGAUAGUGGAGGAGGGCCCCCAGCCAAACAGAGAGACUUUGAAGGUGCACUCAACCGGCUGGGUGGGGAGCGUCGUCAGAGAAGAGAGUCGCGCCAGGAAAGCGACGCAGAGGAUGAAGAUGAUAAAAAACCAGCGUUGCAGUCCUCCAUUGUUGCUACCUCCAAAGAACGUACACGCCGGGAUCUUAUACAAGAUCAGAACAUGGAUGAAAAAGGCAAACAAAGGAAUCGGCGUAUGUUUGGCCUGUUGAUGGGUACUCUUCAGAGGUUUAAGCAAGAGUCAAAUGUGGCAACAGAGCAGCAAAAAAAGCGCCAUGAAAUAGAACAAAAGCUUGAAGUGCAGGCUGAAGAAGAAAAGAAACAGGUGGAGACUGAGCGACGUGAGCUCUUUGACGAGAGACGAGCUAAACAAACGGAGCUACGCCUGCUAGAACAGAAGGUCGAGCUUGCCCACUUGCAAGAAGAGUGGAAUGAUCAUAACAAAAAAAUUAUAAAAUAUAUAAGAACAAAAACAAAGCCGCAUCUGUUCUACAUACCUGGCAGGAUGUGUCCACCGAGCCAAAAGUUAUUUGAUGAGUCUCAGAAAAAACUGAAUUCAUUAUUUGAAAGUAGGCGGCUUGAGUUUGCUGAGCAAUUAAACAAAAUGGAAGCUAGGCCUAGGCGUCAGUCCGUUAAAGACAGAGAGCAAGAGAAGAAGCCAGAGGAACAGAAUGAAGAACAAAUGGAGGAUCGAGAAGAUGGUAAGGUGUCUCGGCAUGAUAGAGAGGUUGAGACAGGUAAUCAGACAAAUGAUGUAGAUAUGGAGGACACUCUAGAGGAAGAUAAAGUAGUUGGUAUUAGCAUUAUAGAUGUAGAAAUGGCACAGGAUACUAGAGGAGUUGAAGAAAUAGAAGAUUCUAAGCAGAUGGAGGAAAAGAUAGAAGAGGAGUGUAGAGCUGAGCUAGAAGAAUCCCAGAAUAGUCAAUGGGAAGAAAAGGAUAUAGAGAUCGUUGAAGAUGAAGUCAAGGAAGAGGAAACAAAGGAUGAAAUAAAAGAGAUUAUUACUAAGGAUGAGCAAACAUUUGAAAUUAGCCAAUCAGAAGUAUUAGACUUGGUAGAGAAUGUAAAGGACAAUGAAGAGCCAAGUGAGGUUCAGACAGAAAAUAAUGUUACGCUUGAAGCUGAGACAGAAGCUACAAAGGAACCUGAGAGGGAGGCUGAAUCCCCAGAGAGGGAGGCUGAAUCCCCAGAGAGGGAGGCUGAAUCCCCAGAGAGGGAGGCUGAAUCCCCAGAGAGACCACAGAAGGAGCCAGACUUAAGGUUCCAGCCACCAGCCAGUUAUGAGUCAUGGACUCAGCCAGAAUACCACUUUAAUAUGGGUGAAGAGCCUUUCGCUGAAAAAGAACAGAUAGCUGCAGUACCUGUGACUGAGACACAAGUAGAAUAUGCCCCAAAACCAGCCUCCAUCCAUAAAUCUAAAAGAAGUAGGGGCAGAACUAAAAACAAAAUGGGUAAAAGCAGAAGUAGUAGUAGCAGUAGUUCGAGCAGUAGUUCUAGCUCUAGCAGCAGUGGGAGCAGUUCUGGUAGUAGCAGUAGCCAAAGCAGCUCAAGCAGCAGUAGCAGCAGUGGAAGUAGCAGCCGAGACAGCAGCAGUAGUAGCAGCAGCAGCAGUAGUGAAAGUCGAAGUCGCAGCAGAGGUCGUGGGCAUGCCAGAGAUGACAAACGCAGGAAGAGUGUGGAGCACAAGAAGAGAGAUGGAACAGGUGUAGAGAAAAAUCACAAGUCUUCAAAAGGCAGUGGCAGAGAUUCCAAGGGAUCCAAAGAUAAAAGGUCUGACAGAAAAAGGACCACUUCAGAAGGUAGUCGGUCAGGCAAGCGACCCUCAAGAAGUGAAAGAGACCGUAAAUCAGACAGGAAGGACAAAAGACAUUGACAGACUCAACAUGUGCUUACGUAUUUUAAAUCAUCCCCUGGGAAGAUGGUGCUGCCUUAGCAAUUGCAUGAUAACCAUUUUGGGAAGCACAGACUUAUUUUUCUUUUACUUUUUUUGCUUAAUUUUGUAAUAGGUCCAUGUCAGCUGAUCAAUUAAAAUAAAACUAAAAAAGUAUACCCAUUUUUGCCUCCUUCUGUUUAUCCAGCUAUAAACAACCUUAUUUUUAGUAACGUUUUUGAAAAGAUGGGCAGUUUACUGGUAUGAAAGAGCUGGCUUGGAUUUAGGUCAAUUCCUUUCACUUACAUCAUUUUCCAGUCCAUUGUUGGAAAUGCUAUUUUUGACACUUGAUCCAUAUUGUUUAUAAAAAAAAGACAUGAUCGUUUUGAAAAAAAUGAAACUUCUUACAGACUUGCUUUCUGCAUUGGUUCAGCAAGCAGCACAAUUGUAAUAAAAUCUGAUCUGCUUUAAA